AUGUCGAGAAAACGUUAUGAUAUAAUAGAUGAUAAGGAAGACGAAAGUACACAUUUAUUAUUAGGUGAUAUUGAAACAUAUUUAGAUGCUGAUAAUAACAAAAAAAUGGAUAAUAACGAAUUGACAACAUCAAGAAAUAUAGAUUCUUUUUUUAUAAGUGAAGAUGGUAGAGAUAUAUUUAAUAGCGGUGACCAAAAUACCCAAAAUAAAAACGGAGUAAUGACUAAUGGUACAGAAAAUACAAAUAAUCCUGUUAAAAGAAAUGUAGCAAAUAGUGGAUCAGUUUUAUAUAAUGUUACAAAUAAUAUUGAUGAUGAUGAAAGUGCAGUCGAGGCAGUACCACCAAUAUUUACAAAAUACGGAGAUUUUCAUACAAUUGAUUGGCAAAAAGAUUUAGCUAGAGAUCGUCUCAGACAUAAAUUAUUAAUUAAUAAAAAAAGGGAAUUUCCCUUAGGGGUAAUAAAAAAUUUAUGGGACGCUGGAAGUGGAUGGUUAUGUGUAUUAAUGGUUGGAUUAGCUGCUGGUGCUACAGCUGGAAUAAUUGAUAUUGGUGCAAGAUGGAUGAAUGAUUUAAAAGAAGGUAUAUGUGCUGAUAGAUUUUGGUUAGAUCGUGAACAUUGUUGUUGGUCAUCAAAUGACAGUCUUUUUAAGGAUUCAGAUUGUAGUGCAUGGACAACAUGGCCUGAAAUGAUGCAUAAUUAUGAAAAAAAUUUUCUUUAUUAUAUUUUUGACUUUUUUUUUUAUGUUUCGUGGGCAGUUUUGUUAGCUGGGUUAACAGUUUGUCUUGUAAAAGUUUUUGCUCCAUAUGCUUGUGGUUCUGGUAUACCAGAAAUUAAAUGUAUAUUAUCAGGAUUUGUUAUUCGUGGUUACCUAGGAAAAUGGACAUUUAUUAUAAAAUCAGUUGGUUUAAUAUUAGCUUCAGCAGCAGGUUUAUCAUUGGGUAAAGAGGGACCAAUGGUUCAUUUAGCAUGUUGUAUUGGAAAUAUUUUUAGUUAUUUGUUUCCAAAAUACGGAUUGAAUGAAGCUAAGAAAAGAGAAAUUUUAAGUGCAUCUGCAGCGGCUGGUGUUUCUGUUGCUUUUGGUGCUCCUAUUGGUGGUGUUCUUUUUAGUUUAGAAGAAGCAUCAUAUUACUUUCCACUUAAAACAAUGUGGAGAUCUUUCUUUUGUGCAUUAAUCGCUGGUAUUAUUCUUAGAAUUGUUAAUCCUUUUGGUAGUGACCAGACAUCAUUAUUCCAUGUUGACUAUUCAAUGAAAUGGAACUUUUUUGAAUUAAUACCAUUUGCAAGUUUAGGUAUUUUUGGUGGAGUACUUGGGAGUUUGUUUAUUUGGGCUAAUAUUAAAGUAUGUGCUAUGAGAAAAACAAAUUCAAGACUUGGUAGAAAUCCAAUAAAUGAAGUACUAAUUAUUAGUGCACUAACAGCUUCUAUUUCUUAUUUUAACCCAUACACAAAAAAAAGUGCUUCAUCAUUAAUUAAACAACUUUUCGAUAGAUGUGGACCUGAAGAUUAUAUGCAAGAUUUGUGUGAUUAUAAUAAUCAAACAUUUAGUACUGAUAAAAUCGAUGAUAAUUAUCAUACUGGAGAUUUUGGUUCAGGUCUUCAAACAGCUUUUUGGCAAUUAAUUUUUGCAUUAAUAGCAAAACUAUUGUUUACAAUUUUUACUUUUGGUGUUAAAGUUCCAUCAGGUUUAUUUGUUCCAUCAAUGGCUAUGGGAGCAAUUGCUGGAAGAUUACUUGGAAUAUCUAUGGAAUCAAUAGCAUCAAAACUUCAAAAAUAUAAUGGUCCAAAUAGUUUUUUUUCUUGUCAAAUAGGUAAAGAUUGUGUUAUGCCCGGUUUAUAUGCAAUGGUUGGAGCUGCAUCUGUUUUAGGUGGUGUAACAAGAAUGACAGUUUCAUUAGUUGUAAUAAUGUUUGAAUUAACUGGAAGUUUAGAAUUUGUUGUCCCAACUAUGAUUGCUGUUAUGUUUGCCAAAUGGGUUGGUGAUGCAAUAUAUCGUACUGGUAUAUAUGAUGCACAUAUUGAAUUAAAUGGUUAUCCUUUCUUAGAUAACAAAGGUGAAUAUCCUUAUUCAACAAUAGCUUCACAAGUAAUGAAACCAGGUUCUGAAAUGAAUUCAUUAAGAGUAAUUCCUCAAGAUACUAUGACAGUUGGUGAUAUAGAAAAUUUAUUAAGAGAAACUGAUUUUAAUGGUUUUCCUGUUGUUGUCAAUGAAGAAAAUUUGUAUCUUGUUGGUUUUGUAACACGAAGAGAUUUACAAGUAGCACUUCAUGAAGCUAGAAAAAGUAUGCCAUAUAUCGUAACAAAUUCAAUUGUCAUUUUUUCAAAUGCAAAUAUAGAAUUUGAACAAAACAGUGGAGAGCCGGCUUUAUUUAAGCUUCGCAAAAUUAUGGAUCUUGCUCCAAUGACUGUUACUAGUUCUACCCCAAUGGAAACUGUAAUUGACAUGUUUCGCAAACUUGGAUUACGUCAAGUUCUUGUAACUAGAAAUGGAAAAAUAUUGGGUAUUAUUACUAAAAAGGAUAUUUUGCAUUUUAUGAAAUUGAAAACUGCAUAA